AUGACAGUCGACGAAGCAACCCAGGUCAACGGCGUGCCCGACCCUAACGCCGGUGUACUUGACGCGAAGAAAGCAGAACAGAAGAAGUGGACAGUCGAGAGUGUCCUUGCAGAGAACGCACUUAAGUACGCCGAAAAUACCGACUCACCGCUCCCCUUCUUCCACCUCCUCGAGCGUCUAAAGACGACCAAGCGUGCGGGAUGGCAGCGUUUCAAAAUUGGCGAUGGCGAAUCUAUAUCCGACCACAUGUACCGCAUGAGCAUCCUCACCAUGAUGGCUCCUGCUUCAAUAAGCUCCAAGCUCGACAUUGCGCGAUGCUGUCGCAUGGCUGUUGUCCACGACAUGGCUGAGGCGCUUGUCGGCGACAUUACACCUGUAGACGGAAUCGCCAAGGAGGAGAAGAGCAGGAGAGAGACCGAGACCAUGGACUACAUCUGCACAAACCUGCUGGGCAAGUUCAACGGUGGACUCAACGGCCAGGACAUUAGGGCGUUAUGGCAGGAAUACGAGGACAGCGAGACGGCCGAGUCGCACUUUGUGCACGACAUCGACAAGAUUGAGCUUCUCGUUCAGAUGGUCGAAUACGAGCGCACGUCCAAGUGUGAGAAUGAUCUUGGGGAAUUCCAGUGGGUCGCAGAUGUUAUCAAGAGCGAGGAAGUCAAGGCAUGGGCGCAGCAGAUCAUCCGUGAGAGGGAGCAGCUGUGGAGCGCUGCCGGCAAGAUAGCGAAGCCUGCUAGUGCGUACAAGAAGUCGCCUUGA